GCCACAUGGAGGAAACCCCGUCGAUCAGGUGGGGUCCAAAAAGAUAAGCCUGCGAUCCGCCCGCAGGAUCCCUCCAUCCCCUGUCCGCAUCGUUAGCCUGGUUGGAUUUACGCGCCAGCCAAUGAGCCAUACCCACGAUUAAACGACGUCCCCACCAUGUUCUUUGCUAAUCACGAUGCCCCUCCUCCAUAUACGCGCGCCCAACGUGGUGGGUUGCGCCCCGACCAGGUCGGAGCAGGCAGCAGAGUCUGAUGUCAGUCGCACUGGACAUUCGCACAUCGCAACAGCACUCCGAGCAACGACGCUGACUUAGGCAGUGAGACUCGAAUUCCAGAGGUGUAGUUCCAGGCAGUGCAGGCUAAAGAGCAACAAGACCACUCCAGAUGGCCCAGAUCCGCUCGCGCUCUCAGUCCCCAGCAGAACAGGCGAAGUUGCAAUGAAUUGCUCCCUUGCCUUUGAGGAUGAGUUCGGGCCUCAAGCCCGCGACUGCUAUGGCGGUUACGACUUUACAUUGUUAUUUGAGGAGUCUGUGAUGACGAUCGGCCCGGUGGGACUUUUACUAUUGUUUCUCGCCAGAAGGGUGAUUUACCUAUACCGAAAAUCAACAAGAGAUGGGAGUAGCGAUGGCGCUCAUUUGGCUAAGCUCAUGAGCUAUGGCUGGUUCGCCGCCAUUCAGACCGCCAUCCUAGUAUCCUGGACAUCGGGCCAUGAGUUGAAGACGCGCACAACUAUCCCCGCUGCGGCGCUCAACCUGGUCGCUGCCCUUGCGCUCGGUCUUGCGUCGCAUUUUGAACACACGCGCUCCGUCAAGCCGCCCCUUCUUAUCGAGAUCUACCUCCUCUUUACGCUUGCCUUUGACGCCGUUCGACUACGCACAUUAUGGGCAAUGGGAUAUCACGGUCACAUAUUCAAGCUGUUGAUGAUAUCAGAUAUAUGGAAGGCUGUGUUGCUGGUGCAAGAGGCCUGGUCACGGGCCCUUGGUUCACUGGAACAGGAAUAUAGUCCCGAGGAGAAGGUCGGAUGGAUCAACCGGCGCAUGUUUUGGUGGGUCAAUCCGUUGCUGUUUCUAGGAUCCAAGAAGGACUUGCAGGCAGACGACCUGUUCACUUUGAACCAUAGCCUCCAGUCCGAGGUAUGUUCAAGGAGCUUCUCCAAGGUGUGGCAAAAUGCGAACCCAGCGACAAAGGAGAAGAGUAAUGGCCUUCUCAAAGUUUUGGCCUGGGAAUACAAAUUGGUUCUUUUAACUGCAGCUAUUCCCCGGUUGUGUUUUACGGCUUUUACAUUCGCCCAGCCGUUUCUCAUCGACGCAGUGAUCAAGUAUCUUCAGACGGAUUCAGCUAAGCAAAGGCGAAAUGAUGGGUACGGGCUACUUGGCGCAUACAUUCUUGUGUAUGUGGGAUUGGGAAUCUCCGAAGCAUGCUACCAGCACAUCACAUACCGCACAAUCGUCCUCAUGCGCGGAUGCCUAGUACCGUUGAUCUACGAGAAGACGCUAUCCAUGGACCCCAAAACCGCCGAAGAAUAUGCGCCAGUAACGCUGAUGAGCGCCGACAUUGAGAAGAUCGCAUUCGGAAUGCGGUAUAUGCAUGAAGCGUGGGGGAAUAUCGUUGAGAUAGCUCUAGCGCUGUGGUUGCUUUACCGCGAGCUGAAUUACGGAGGAUUAAGUCCUAUUCUUAUUGCAGUUGUCUGUGGAGCUGCUGCCGCGACAAUGGCUCCAGCCGUGGGACGUCGUCAGGCGACAUGGGUACAGGGAAUCCAGAAGAGAAUCGACGUUACAACAUACAUGAUCAAUUCUAUGAAGAGCUUGAAGUUGGAGGGCUUGACACCCUGGUUCAUGAAGUUUGUGCAGGAUCUGAGGGUCCAGGAGAUAGGAUACGCGAGUAAAUUUCGCUCUUUCCUUACCUACGCGGUGAGCUUGUCAUUUGCCACUUCGGUCAUCUCACCCGUCGUCGGGUUCGGCAUAUUCAUUGCCUUAUCGCGAUACGACAGCGGCCCGGAAUUGACUACCCAGAGAGCAUUCACCACUCUGUCUCUUUUCACAGUCCUCCAGAACCCAAUGUCCAUGCUACUCCAAGCUGUCCCUAACCUCAUCUCGGCCGUUGGAUCGAUUGAACGUGUUCGCGUGUUUUUAAUGGCCGAAGACACAAAAGAAGUUGGCUUCCUAAGCUCCUUCACCUCCGAGCAAACUCUCUUCCCGGAAAUGGACAACAUCCGGGACCUCGAGAUGAAAGACACCGAGAUGCAGAAUGCAGUUGAGGCUCAAAAUUGGAGUGUCGGGUGGGUUUCGACCCGCGAACCGGUCAUUAAGCGGAUGACAUUUAAGAUCCGACCAUCCUCGCUUACGAUUAUCACUGGCCCAACUGGUUGUGGAAAGUCGACACUGCUUGCUGGCUUGAGGGGCGAAACAGCUGUUACGAAGGGGUAUAUGAAGUGCCGAUAUCCCGAGGCUGCAUUUUGUAGCCAGGAGCCUUGGCUGCAAAAUGGCACGAUUCUAAGUAAUAUUCUUGGUCCGUUAACGUACGAGCCUCGCUGGUUCCGGGAGGUGACGCAGGCAUCUGGGUUGAGGCAGGAUCUGAGGUCGAUGCCUAUGGGUGUUCAGACUGUGGUGGGAAGUAAGGGGUUAUCGUUGAGUGGUGGUCAGAAACAUCGGGUGGCAUUGGCCCGAGCACUUUACUCCCGACAGCCCUUGCUGCUCCUCGAUGAUAUCUUCAGUGGCUUCGAUGCUGAAACGGAGAAGCUGGUGAUAGCGCGGUUAUUUAGCGAAGGUGGCUUUUGUACGAAGCAUAACUUGACUACUAUUCUUGCGACGCAUUCCACUCGCCUAUCCUCGAAUGCAGACUACACCAUCACCCUCGACAGCAAAGUGCAUUUCUCGGAAAAAGAGGGUUCCAUUGUUUCGAGCUUGCCCGGCCCUAGCACAGGCGACCACCCCAUGGAGCCCAUAUUGAAUGAUGCAAGGCUCAGCUGGAUUGUCAGACAGUCCAACCCUGAUGUGCCACAUGAGCUUGCCGCUCAACUCGAGACGUCGGAUUCUAGCCGACGGACCGGCGAUGUGACCAUAUACAAGUACUAUCUGGAUAUGGUGGGCAGGUUCAACUCAUUUCUGUUUUUCGUGGCAGUUGCGAUUUUUACCUUCAGUCUUGCAUUUCCCAGUGUAUGGGUUCAGUGGUGGGCUGCUGCAAACGAAAAGCACCCGUACAAAGACCUCAGCAUGUACAUCGGGGUGUAUGCCUUCUUGGCCGUUAUGGCAGAGCUGUCUUUAUUCUUGGGAUGCUGGCAUAUGAUCAGUAAUAUGGUCCCUCGAGCAUCCAGAAAGUUGCACAAGAUUCUGCUUCGCACUGUGUUGAAUGCUCCGAUAUCUUUCUUCCACUCUACUGAUUCUGGUGUCACUACGAAUAAGUUCAGUCAAGACAUGCAAUUGGUGGACAUGGAGCUGCCACUUGCUCUUGUUGAAACUAGUGUUGCCCUCAUGUCCGCCAUAGCGCAGCUGCUCAUCGUGUUCAUCACUGGAAAAUACCUUGCUGCCAUCAUCCCACUAUGCCUGGCAGUCUUCUACUUCCUGCAAAAAUUUUACCUUCGGACAUCCCGUCAGCUACGAUUCAUGGAGCUAGAAGCGAAAUCUCCUCUCUACUCUAACUUCAUGGAAACAGUCAACGGGCUAGUGACGAUCCGUGCUUUCGGAUGGCAGAAUAACUUUCUCAAUAAUAUCUGCGGACUGACAGACGCAUCGCAACGACCAUAUUAUCUGCUAUUCGUGAUCCAACGAUGGCUAACCCUUGUCCUCGACAUGGUCGUCGCAGGUAUGGCCACGCUUAUUGUUGGUCUUGCAGUCGGGGUCCCCGGGUCCAUUGGAGCGGGUUCUGCAGCACUAGGACUACUGAACAUUAUCAGUUUGAGCGAGAGUCUCAAGCAACUGAUCUCGAACUGGACCGUACUGGAGACAUCAAUUGGAGCCGUGUCGCGUGUGAGACAGUUUGAGGACGAUGUGCAGCCUGAGGAUAGACCGGACGGACACAUUGAGGUUCCACCUCGCUGGCCAGAGAGAGGCGAUAUUAAGUUCUUCAAUGUUUCUGCUGCUUACAGACCCGACAGCGAUCCAGUCCUCAACGACGUCACAUUAUCAAUCUCUGCUGGUGAGAUGGUUGCUAUUUGUGGGCCCAGUGGGAGUGGCAAGAGCUCGCUGAUCCAACUCCUCUUCCGUCUUCUCGAGCCCGACAACGGCCAAAUUACUAUCGACGGGCUCGACAUCAACUCCAUUUCCUGCCAGGAUAUUCGGUCCUCACUGUCAUGUAUAUCCCAAUCAGUGACCAUUCUCCCUGGCACCGUACGACAGAACAUAGACCCUCUUAGUCGGGAGACGGAUGAAAGCAUAACCAACGUGCUGAAGGAGGUCAAGUUAUGGGACAUCGUAUCGACGCAACUUGGUGGCUUGGAUGGACAGGUCCAGGAAGAAAGCUUCUCGCAGGGACAGAAACAGCUUUUGCGUUUAGCUGCUGCUAUGUUGAGGAAGAGCAAGGUUGUUGUCUUGGAUGAAGCGACAAGCAGCGUCGACCCUGAAACAGAUGCUCUCAUGCAGCGUCUCAUCCGCACGGCAUUCGCAGGAUGUACCGUGAUUGCUGUUGUACAUCGCCUGCACACUAUUAUCGACUUUCACAAGGUGGUGGUUGUCGAGAGUGGGCGUAUUGUUGAGUGUGGCGCUCCGAAAGAGCUGCUGGCCGAGAACGGCCUGUUUAGUCAACUGUACGGAAAAGGCACCGCGACCCCGAGCGUGGGGCCGGAAACGUCAUGGCUUAAGGUUUAAGCCCUGGAGUCGACCUCCUAUCCUAAUUCUUGGCAGGCGUUGAGUGUAUAUACAGGGUGGAUCUAUUUGGUGAUAUUCAUUUCACUUGUCCUGAGAAGAAGCAAUGUACAGUUAUUUUAUCUUCUCGGACACUUCUCAUUCUCUUGUGUUUGGCUAUAGCAAUAUCACGCUCUGUUAUACGGCUGUGACUCACCGUCGGAAUUAAUUCCACCAGAA